AUGGAGCUCCUGGGAACGACCACUAUUCUCUUGCUAGUCUGCAUCUCGUGCCUUCUUCUCUUUACUACAUGGAGAAGCAUAUUGCAAAAACAGAAGCAGCCUCCUGGUCCUAUCACAUUACCUAUUGUUGGAAACAUACUCCAGGUGAACCCAAGGAACAUGCCUGAAAGCUUCAAGGAGGUAAGGGACUGUUAUGGUUCUGUCUUCACAGUAAAGUUAGGCCCACAGAAGGCUGUGGUGCUGUAUGGCUAUGAUGUUGUGAAAGAAGCCCUGAUUGAUCAGGCAGAUGACUUCAGUGGAAGAGGCAAAUUACCGCUGAUUGAAAAACUCUUCCAAGGAUCAGGCAUUGUGACUAGCAACGGGGAGACCUGGAAGCAGCUCCGACGUUUUGCAAUCACCACCCUGAGGGAUUUUGGGAUGGGGAAGAAGGGCAUUGAGGAGCGAAUCCAGGAGGAAGCUCAUUUUCUGGUGGAGAGGAUCAGGAACACAAAUGGGCAACCCUUUAACCCUGGCAGCUUCCUAGUCCAUGCUGUUUCCAACAUCAUCUGCUCCAUCAUCUUUGGGGAUAGGUUUGACUAUGAGGACAAGAAGUUUCUAACUUUAAUUGACCUGCUGGAAGAAAACAACAGGCUCCAGAACUCUAUACAAAUACAGGUAUACAAUUUCUUCCCAACUGUCAUGGACUAUUUACCUGGGCCUCAUCAAAAAAUGAUAGAAAAUGUUGAAAAAGUUAAUCAAUUUACUUUAGAAAUCAUAGAAGAACACCAGAAGACCCUGGAUCCUACUUGUCCUCGAGAUUUUGUUGAUGCUUUCCUUAACAAAAUGGAACAGGAGAAAGGGAACAGUCACUCACACUUCACUGUGGAAACCUUGAGCAGGACCACACUCGACUUAUUCCUCGCAGGAACAGGGACCACCAGCACCACACUGAGAAAUGGACUUCUGAUUCUCCUGAAAUACCCCGAGAUAACAGAGAAAGUUCAGAAGGAGAUUGAUUGUGUGAUUGGCCGAGACCGAAGCCCCUGCAUGGCAGAUCGGAGCCAAAUGCCUUACACAGAUGCUGUGAUCCACGAAAUCCAGAGAUUCAUUGAUUUCCUUCCACUUAAUGUCCCACAUGCUGUGCUCAAAGAUACCAAAUUCAGAGACUAUCUUAUCCCCAAGGACACACUGAUAUUCCCUGUGCUGACUCCUAUCCUACAUGAUAGCAAGGAAUUUCCAAAUCCAGAAAAAUUUGAUCCAGGACAUUUCCUGAAUGCAAAUGGUACCUUUAAAAGGAGUGACUACUUCCUGCCAUUUUCCACAGGAAAACGUGUCUGUGCAGGAGAAGGUCUGGCCCGGAUGGAGCUAUUCAUAUUUAUAACAUCCAUCCUGCAGAACUUUUCUUUGAAACCUGUUGUGGAUCACAAGGACAUUGACAUCUCCCCAGUAGUCACCACUCUAGCAAGUUUGCCCCGACCUUAUGAGGUCUCUUUUAUUCCACGUUAG